AUGAGCGACGCUCACGUCUGUGCGCUGUUGUCAGUGAUGAACUACUGGUUGUGCGUGCACACGGGAAGCCAGCAAGAGACGCCCGUAGACCCGAACGUCUACAUCACGCUGCACGGCACGCGCGGCGACACGGGCCUGCGUCUGCUCUGCCGCAUCGGACAUCACGUGAUUUUCCAGAGAAACCAGGUGGACAUAUUCGCGAUCGAGGCCGUGGAUCUAGGAGACAUAGACUCGAUACAGAUCCGGAAGAAUCCCGGAGGACCUUGGCACCUGAAGCAAAUCAUCUUGAAGGAAGAGCAGUUCGCUCCUGUAGAGUCAUACUUCUACCUGGACGAUUGGCUGGGCGGCCACGAUGGCGAGGACCGCUGGGCAGAGGUUGUUGACUUUAAGUUUCCGCGCACCGCUGUACGACAGAGUGAGGUGUCAGUGCCCCCUACCGAGGACUGCAUGUUCUUUACUACAAAAGGCACCUGGUCCGUGUCGGCCGUGACGGGAGCGGGUCACGUGGACGGCGGCAACCUGGCCACCGCCACGCUACUCGUACAAUUCGUCGGAGAAAACAGUGCCUCGGCGCUCGUUAAGGUGGCGCCACGUGUCGAUGAUUCCGCGCCAGGCAAUAUUACGUUUGAGUUGGACAUGAGCGAGAACGUGGGAGAACUGCUCAAGGUGCGGAUUGGAUUUGAUGACCCGACAAAUGACCCGGCCUGGCUACUGGAGUCGACGGAUAUGUUCGAGGUCGAGGCGGUUGAGUUGGGAGUCUUAACCAAAAUCUUACUAGAAUAUGAGACGGAAACCGGAGCUGGCUGGUUCCUCAGUAACGUACGCGUACACGACGCCUCCGAACCAGGCACGCACUACGAAUUCGUCAGCGAGAGGUGGCUCAGUAAGGAUGGCGCCCCGCAGCGUGAGAUAGAGCUCACCAGCAUCAAGCACUACGCUGCAAGCAACCCAGAGACAGGCCAGAGAGAUAGAAACGAAUCGAUGGUCAAGUACGUGGUGGAGGUUCACACCAGCCUCGGUUCAGCCCCGCACAUGUCCGCUCGCGUCUACAUGACUAUCUACGGUGAGGACGGAGAGAGCGAAAAAAACAUGCUGACGUCAGGCACGGACGAAGGCACGCAGAUGUUCAAACCAGGAAAGGGAGAGCGCUUCGUCGUCGAUUCGCCAGGACUCGGUAAGCUUCAGCGAAUUGUGAUAGGGCACAAUGGGAGCGGGCCGAACCCGUGCUGGUACCUGGACAAGGUACUCAUACGCGAGCAAGGCUCCGAGACCGAUAUAGUGUUCCCGUGUGACAAAUGGCUGGAUGAGAGUAAGAAAGGCUGCGUCACGGAAGUGGAGUUGGUACCAGAAGCAUCGUGAGCAACAAGCAACGGCCCUAUCAACCGACUAAGUCGCUUUAACCGCGUCAAGUAGUAGAGAGACUCUAGCUAGCUAGUUAUGGCUCAGUUAGGGCCCACGGCCAGUGUUUAAUAACCCCUGUGUAACCCCUGAUAUCAUUGUAUCAUUCGCUGCUAUAAAAAAACGAGACGAAGAAGAAAGAUGAUUUUCGAAAAUAUUUUGCCAAAAUCUUUUUACAAAUGCAAUUAUACAGAAUAGAUCUAUACGCAUAUUCUUAUAAGAAGAUAUAAAAACGAUGUGUCAUAAUUGUGAGGAAGGUUGCAUGCCUAGUGAGAUGCCAGCGAGGUAAACGCGAUCGUGCGUUAUUUUGCGCGGAGGUGUUAUGGGGGGGGGGUGUAGCUAUCCGCCCGGUCUAUAUAGACAGUAUUACACCAUAUUAUUGCAUAUAUAUAUAUUUUAUUGUGCUUGUGUCCGUGUUUCGUCCGCCCUGGUUUUCUUGCUCAUUUCGAUGGUGACUUAUGAAAUUAAAUUAUUGAUGAAAUCGUCACGUGAAUUCACCCGGGGAUGCUACAGUUGUGUUUAUUUCCUCCUCGCCGAGAGCUCAUGAACGGUUAGGGAUAGAGUUAGUUGAUGACCUCUUCUUAUCGUCUUUAUGAUGAAUACAGUAUAGCUUCACUGUUGCCUAUAUAUAGAUAUACGUAUACAUAGCGUAGACUGUUCCUCGUCCUACUAUCCGUGCAUCUGUCCCACAGAAAUAAAUGUCGUGAAAGUCGAUGCGUCAACUUGUCACCGUCGAUAGGGCCUACCUUAUUGGGUUUAAAAAAAUUCCAACCAGGACUCACGUGGCCGCAGAACCUAUCGCGAGAUCUCGAGAGAUGAGUUUUAAUAUUCGAAUGGUGAUGGUAUUUUUCGUGGUGUUCGUGCCGAGCACUGAUCUCUACUAACGUUAGUAUAGUAGAGAUCAGUGGUGCCGAGCCAUAUACACGAUCACCAGACGAGCGAUCGGGUUUCUACGAAAACGUAAAGUCUGAUCUAAUUUCACAGACGCCGCUCAUCACAAAACGGGUUAGUCGGCCGAUUGAACAUCGAUGAAAAUCAUCGGUGAGAUUCAAUCAUUCUACACUUCUGUUUCUGUACUUGUGAUAUGAUGACGAGGUCGUGUGAUGUACUUGAUUACCAGUGUAUCGUAAGAAUCGUGAUCCCGCGUGAUCUCGCGUGAUCUCGACUGCCGCUCGCUGUAGCCUACCGCGCCGGGUAUGCAAAGGAUCGCAUGCCUUCACGCGGAAUUACAUAUAUCACUUACAUAUCAGUGUCGCAGAGGGAAGAAAUAUUUAGGGAGGGUUAGAGGAGGGGGAUAUAUAUUAUAUAUAUAUAUAUACAUAUAUAUGUACAUAUAUAUAUAUAUAUGAUAUAUAUAUGAUAGGAGGAGAAGCGCUUAUAUCGUACAGUAAAGUGAUAAUAGUUACACGUGUACGCACUAACGGAACUGUCCUGAUGGUUUAGAAUUAAGUAGUUUGUUGUAUAAACUGGGUUAGUGCAUUUCGUAACACCCGCAAGGAGAUCGGUUUUGCGCAUGCGCCAGCAGCCGCGGAUCGCGCUACGUUGGCGCGUCAUGACGGCGGCGGCGCUUUCUCCGCCCGCAUGCAAAUAGAGGGAGGCGUGUGGGCGGUCUCUGCGGAGGCGGCUGUACGUACACGCUCUCUCUCUGUCUUUCUCAUUCUAUCUCUCUCUGUCUCUCUCGCUCUCUCUCUCUCUCUCU